ACUCAUUUAUCUGAUGGUAUUAUACAGGACUAGGUCUUAUUCCUUCAUUAGGUUCCUAGGAUGUGGAACUACUGUCUUGCUUCCUAACAAAAGAAGUGGCAGGGAAGUGCAACCCCUGGCUGCACUUUAACCCACAGUAAGGCUUAGCCCUUGGAGAAAAGUUCCGGAAAAAUAGCCACUCCAGGGUGUGGACCCCCGGUCCCACCUGAUCCGUACUCCACCCAGGAGGGCCACGCCUCCUGGUUCCCCUUAGUUCCUAGUGACUGGGGGAUAUGGGCCUCACCCGCGGAGACUGAUCAGGACUCCUGUCCAGGGUGGCUACCCCUUGGUACCACUCGAUCCUUUCUCCCCCCAGGAGGGCUUCUCUCCUGGUCCCCUUACCCCUAGAUUUUAGCGCUUCCCUGCCACCAGAAAUUUGCCAGUACUUUUUGUGUGUUUUCUGUGUGAUACCUGACAUAAAACCUUUAUGCGAAACCACUGCCCAAUGAAAGAGUUUAUUAACCACUCCUAGUCAAGGUGGGUCCAGGUAGAGGACACUGUCUUGAUUAGAAUCUUUUUUUAUUCUGCAUAAGAAAUUAAGUUCUUUUGCUAUUUUUUUUUUGCUACAGUUGGUUUGGUAGCUGGACAUAUUGAAAACAUUCGCGACCAGUACAAACGCCAUGAGGGAUGGCUCGCGCCAUUCCCUUGGCGCGAAGACUUUCUCUUUCAUCUUAAUGACAUUUAUACACGGCUUCGUAUAGUCAGCAAAGAGAAAAAAGCGAGAGCAACAGCGGAGCAAAGAGUUGUUAAAACAACUGAAAUCUUCAAACCCCACGAAGAAUGUGAAAAACCUAGAAAAGUGUUGAUUGAAGGAAAGUCAGGCAUGGGAAAGACGACAUACUGCAAUAAGGUUGCUUAUGACUGGGCAACAAAGGAACUCGAAGCAGGAGAUUAUUUCCCUGAAUUUCAGUUGCUGCUCUUGCUGAAAUGCUGUGAUGUCGGGAUCGGCUCCGAUCUAUGGGACGCCAUAGAUGAUCAACUCUUGCCCCGUGAAGUACAAACAGAAGAAAGAGAAAAAUUCUUUAACUUCAUAUCGCAAAAUCAAUCGAAGGUUUUACUGAUACUUGAUGGACUGGACGAAAUACCUACAAGUAAACUGCCCAAGUCCUUUUCUGAAGUUAUUAGUGGUAAAGCGCUUCCCGGAUGUUACUUGGUGGUUACGGCGAGAAAUGAGGCUGGGAUACCUGUGAGAAAAGAUUGCGACACGCUGUUAGAGGUUGAAGGAUUCAGCCCAGAGGAUGCCAAAGAGUUUAUCUUAAAAUACUUUGAAGGCAAGGGAGACAUGGCUCACGAUCUCCUCGCAAAUAUGUCGAUCGACAGCAGACUAGAAAAGUUGACAGCGAAUCCUUUAAGCACUGCACUGCUUUGCCUUCUUUUUGAAGAUUUUCAGGGUGAAUUACCUCGAAGCGGAACUCAGUUGUAUUGGGAAAUAGUACAAUGUGUUCUUAAGAGAUACAGGAAAAAGAAAGGCCUACCAGUAGACAAUAAGGAUUUGAUUGAACUCUACAAGGGUCAAUUAGAAAACCUUGGCUUGAUAGCGUUAAACGGUCUUCGUGAAGGCAUCUCCCAUUUUGAGGAUGAACAGUUAGGAAACAAACAUAGCGACUUAACUGAAUUCGGAUUCCUUUCCGUUCAACCUGGAAGAUGCAUACGAAGACCCUGUUUACGUUUUGGCUUUACACAUAAAAGUUUUCAAGAGUUUUUUGCUGGAUAUUAUCUUUGUUGCCAACUUGUUACGGACGAAAUCAGUCCUGAAGUGUUAGUAACUGACAAACGAUAUUUUCGAGAGUUGAUACAGGUAUUACAAUUUACCUGUGGCCUGGUGCGAUAUGAAGAACGUCUACUGCCCGUGAUCGAAAGCAUAGCGGAUGAGAUCAACAAAGAAGAUACUAAUGAGUCUUUUCUUGUUGCUUUGCAAAUCAUUAAAGAUCUUCCCUUAGAAGUGGCAUUUACCUUUGGUUCAUGUCUGACUGUUCAGGAGGUUGAUCUCACUUAUGACCAAAUUGAAAUAGAUCUUGCUCUUGAGCUUUUGAUCGUUCUUCAAACAAACAUUGUCAAAACCCUGACACAUUUGAAUUUGACUCACAAUGAGUUUCUCCCUUUUAAGUGUCUUGCUGCCGCUCUUGAAACAAACACAACUCUGACAGUUUUGAAUUUGACUGACAAUGACCUUGAUAAAGCUGAAUUUGAGUCUCUGGCUGCCGCGCUAGGAAAAAAUGCAACUCUGACAAGUUUGGAUUUGACUCACAAUCAGCUUAGUGAUGCUGAUGUUAACUCACUUGCCACUGCACUUGACACAAACAGAAGCCUUAAACAUUUGGAUUUGUCUUUCAAUUACCUUGGAAGAGGUAGCACUGAGUCACUUGCUUUGUUGCUUAACAAGAACACCGCUCUGAGAAAGUUGAUUUUGACCUGCAAUGCCCUUGGUUCUGCUACUGCUGAGUCCAUUGGUGCCGCACUUGCAACAAACACAACUCUGACAAAUUUGGAUCUCGAGGGCAAUAACAUUGGUCCUGCUGGUGCUGAGUCACUAGCUACAGCGCUUAAAACAAACACAACUCUGACAAAUUUGUAUCUGCGGGAGAAUAACCUCUGUUCCUCCGGUGCUGAGUCCCUUGCUGCUGCGCUUAAAACGAACACAACUGUGACAGAGUUGAACUUGUCCAAGAAUAACCUUGGUCCUGGUGGUGCAGAGUACCUCGCUGACGCGCUUAAAAUAAACACGGCUCUAACGAAGCUGGAUUUGCAUUUCAACGACCUUGGCCCUGCUAGCGCCGAGUCACUUGCCGCCGGGCUUAAAACAAACGCGUCCAUGACGGAAUUGAAUUUGUCCCACAAUGCUCUGACUGAUGUUACGUCACUUGCUACAGCCCUUGUAACAAACAGAAGCCUGAAAGAUUUGAAUUUGUCUUGGAAUAACCUCUGUCCUGCUAGCGCUGACUCGCUUGCUGCCUCACUAACAAGGAACACAACUCUAACAAAGUUGGAUUUGUCUGGCAAUAACCUUGGCCCUGCCGGUGCUGAGUCACUUGCCACAGCGCUUGAAACCAACACAACUCUGAAAAAUUUGUUUUUGUUUAAAAAUAACAUUAGUGAAGCCGGUCGCAAAAAACUUAAUGACGCACAUGGUGACCGUGUCCUGUUCAAGUGUGUGGAUCCUUACCAUCUCCUUUCGAUAUCUUUCAGGGAAGCACGACAAAAUAUAGAGCUCAAAAAAUUUGCUUUAAAAGGAAUGUCUUAAUUGAAUUCCUAAAAGUCUCUAGCUCACUGGAAAACUGAUGAAUUUACAUGCACAUGUAAAAUUCUAUUCUAACAUGUAAAUAUCACGUAAAUCAACUACAGAUUACUGUAAAUGACAUUUUACAGGGGAAAUGCCCUUUUAGAGGAACUUAAAGUUACUGUAAAAAAGGUGUAAAUAUUAGGAGCAGAACAUGUAAAAAUGGAGACAAUGCUGUAAAACGUAAGGGUUCUAAAGGCAAAAUCAUGCAAACACGCUGUAAAUAUUGAAAAAUGUGAAGAACAUGUAAAUUAAACAGGAUAGUUUACUACGACCUUGUAGAUGGAGCGUAUGACCUUGAAAUGAAAACGCGCGAACAAAACAGAAACAACAAACGAACGGAAAUAGAGCGACUUUAUUGGUUUAUCGAACGGAUACAAAUGCCUGUAUACCGAAUAACUUUCUGAAAAUCAAC